ACAAAACUUUGGAAGAAAUAUUAGGUGGAAAUUUCCUGUAUUUUCAGAAUGCUUAUACCUUCCAGUCGUUGUAUGAAAAAAUACUUGUUCUUCUCUAGCAUUGUUCUUUUCCUUAUUCUUGUACACCAAUUCUCUCUUCCUCUCCUGGUCCAAGAACGUGUAUUCCCUGUCUAUAGAAGAUCGACAAAGGAGACUGAUUCGGAUGACAUGUAUAAAAAGAGGAACAUCAGUUUCAAUAUUCUGUACUAUAAUCCACCCCGGGACUGGAAUAAGGGUCCAGACAUCGUGAAUUUCCUUGAAUGUCCGUAUAAAGACUGCUCCGUUACUACGUACAAGUCACAGCUCAAGAACAGUAAAGCUGUGAUUUUUCAACAUCACCCACUGCCUGAAAAACCACCGGUAAAAUUUCCCGGGCAAAUUUGGAUAUUUACUUUUUCGGAGAGUCCUUAUCAUACACGAAGGACUGUAUUACUUCCUGCUUGGGAUGGUGUUUUUGAUUGGUCAUUGUCCUAUAGGAGAGAUUCAGAUGCCUAUUUUGGUUAUGGGCAGAUAAUUCCUCGGAUUUCCACUUUAGAAAGAGAUUACGACUCUGUGUUUUCUCAGAAGGUGGGAGAUGUAGCUUGGAUUGUAAGUAACUGCAGAACACAAAGCAAAAGAGAGAAAUAUGUAGAAGAACUGCAGAAAUAUGUGAAUGUAGAUGUGUUUGGAAAAUGUGGCGCCAAAUGUGAGUCGUAUCAACUCUUAGGGAACGAUUCCUGUCACAGAGCAAUCUCGAAAGACUACAAAUUUUAUCUUUCGUUCGAGAACUCGUUGUGUAUAGAUUACACGUCAGAGAAACUGUAUCAUAUCUAUUUGUUGGACCUUCCAAUUAUCCCUGUUGUUAGAGGAACCAUGACAGGCAAAGAGUACAUUCCGGCAGAGACGUAUAUAGAUACACUGGACUUCAUAACACCCAAAGACUUGGCAGACACCCUAAAGAAGAUAGGAAAUAAUAAAACACAAUAUCUAAACAUGCUGAGAGCUAAAGACAAGUAUACAUCAAAACACUCUUGGCAGACGUACGAAGAAGCUCUUUGUAAAAUAUGCAGAAAGUUACACUAUAACUCGACAGUGAGCCAGCCUUUAAAUGUGCUGAAUUGGUUUUUCUUAAAUUCUUGUCGCGACCCCUUUGACAUAUACAUGUGAUCACUGCAAAAUAUCCUCGUAUUCAAGUUAUUGUCUUUUAAUCAUUGUUUAGCAUGUAAUGAGAUAGAUAUUAAAAGUCUCGUUCGACUGGGUGUUAGUGGCAAUGUUAUCUCUGUAGGACGAUUGUUUUGCCAUUGAUUGAAGAAGGCUGAAAAAUAUUUUUCUAGUUAAUGAAUGCAUGUCAUUUUACUCA